CGGCUGAUCAUGCAAUACCUGAAGGAGAACAGCCUCCACCGAGCCCUCGCCACCCUGCAGGAGGAAACUACAGUGUCCCUCAACACUGUGGACAGUAUUGAGAGCUUCGUGGCUGACAUCAACAGCGGGCAUUGGGACACGGUGCUGCAAGCCAUACAGUCGCUGAAGCUGCCCGACAAGACCCUCAUUGACCUCUACGAGCAGGUUGUGCUGGAGUUGAUUGAGCUCCGGGAACUGGGUGCUGCCAGGUCUCUCCUGAGACAAACAGAUCCCAUGAUCAUGCUGAAACAAACUCAGCCGGAGCGGUACAUCCACCUUGAAAACCUUCUGGCCAGAUCUUACUUUGAUCCCCGUGAGGCAUACCCAGAUGGAAGUAGCAAAGAGAAGCGGAGAGCUGCUAUUGCACAAGCUUUAGCUGGAGAAGUCAGCGUGGUACCUCCAUCUCGUCUUAUGGCGUUGUUGGGACAGGCACUGAAAUGGCAGCAGCAUCAGGGUCUGCUUCCUCCUGGUAUGACAAUUGACUUGUUCAGAGGCAAAGCAGCUGUGAAAGACGUAGAAGAAGAAAAGUUCCCCACGCAGCUGAGCAGACAUAUUAAGUUUGGGCAGAAGUCGCAUGUGGAGUGUGCUCGGUUUUCCCCAGAUGGACAGUAUCUGGUUACUGGCUCUGUUGAUGGUUUCAUUGAAGUAUGGAACUUCACUACUGGAAAGAUCAGAAAGGAUCUGAAAUACCAGGCACAAGAUAACUUUAUGAUGAUGGAUGAUGCAGUGCUGUGCAUGUGCUUCAGCAGAGAUACAGAAAUGCUAGCAACUGGAGCACAAGAUGGAAAGAUCAAGGUGUGGAAAAUCCAGAGUGGUCAGUGCCUGAGAAGGUUUGAACGAGCACACAGUAAAGGUGUUACAUGCCUCAGUUUCUCUAAAGACAGCAGCCAAAUUCUUAGCGCUUCUUUUGAUCAGACAAUCAGGAUUCAUGGUUUAAAAUCUGGGAAAACUUUAAAGGAAUUCCGCGGUCAUUCGUCCUUCGUCAAUGAAGCAACUUUUACCCAGGAUGGCCAUUAUAUUAUCAGUGCAUCCUCUGAUGGCACAGUGAAGGUUUGGAAUGUGAAGACAACAGAGUGCUCAAACACCUUCAAAUCUCUUGGCAGCACUGCUGGGACAGACAUUACUGUGAACAGUGUCAUUCUCCUGCCUAAAAACCCAGAACAUUUUGUUGUUUGCAACAGAUCAAAUACAGUCGUCAUUAUGAAUAUGCAAGGACAAAUUGUAAGAAGUUUUAGCUCUGGUAAGAGAGAAGGUGGUGACUUUGUCUGCUGUGCGCUUUCACCUCGUGGUGAAUGGAUCUACUGUGUUGGUGAAGAUUUUGUGCUCUAUUGCUUUAGCACAGUGACCGGCAAGCUGGAGAGAACUUUGACUGUUCAUGAAAAAGAUGUCAUUGGCAUUGCUCAUCACCCCCACCAGAACCUGAUUGCCACUUACAGUGAAGAUGGCCUCCUCAAGCUCUGGAAGCCAUAGCUUGAUUUUACAGUGAGCUAUGAAGUGUGCCUCUUAGUUGCAGGUUGUUGAUGUUUGUGCUUUAACAAAUGCACAGAGUGUGAUAUUUGCUCAAUUUUCAGUUCAGAUUUUGAGAAAAUGACAUUUUUACUUCUUGGUCUAAAGUUAGGUAGAUUGAUGCUUAAAUAUAGCAUCAGUUAAUUUCAAAUACUUUUAUUUUUACCAGAGUAGCUGAAGCAACUUCAGUGAGAGUGUUUUUUCUGUCUCCUGAAGUCUGUGCUCUUCCAACAGUGUUUAUAAAAGUUGAAUGAGCUAGGAAAUAUACAC